GCCGGGUCGAUCGCCCACAUCUCCCCUGAGUGUCCCCUACAAGUGGCCCCAGCCCGGGCGGCGGCCCAAAUGAGGCCCACCAGCAAACCUCGCACAUCAACCUCCCCCCCCCUGUGUACUCACAACAUACAGGCCACAUACAUUCGCCACCACCACCACCACCACCCCCCACCACCACCCUCUCCCCCCUCGUGCAACACGCCCACUUUCUCCCCCUCCCUGCCGCUCUCCCUUGCCAUGUCCUCUGCUCCCAUCAGCUCUGUGCUUACCGCGCCGUCGCUGUCGGUGUCGCGCGCCCUCGCCGCCUACCGCGCCCUGCAGCGCGCGCGCCUGACCGCCUUCCGCGGCGAUUCCCAUGCUCUGGAGGCCGCCCAGGUGAAGAUUCGUCAGGCCUUCGCCCAGAACCACGAGCUGAGCGAUCCCGAUGCCGGUGCCGCUUGCGAGCAGGCCCACGCUGUGGCCACCUUCCUGCUGCGCAACGUUGCCCAGGCGGUCCGCACCCAGGAGAAUGUUGCUUCUUCGACCGGCGAGACUGGCGAUGUUUACUGUAUCACCAUCGAUCAGAACCGCCAUGAGCUCCACGAGAAGACCCCUCCCCUGCGGCCCACCCGCGGCGCUGCCAAGAAGUGCAGCUCGGGAGGCUGUGCCUAAGCAAUGUUCCGUAUGGGCCCCCACCCCCCAGGCCUUUAUCAUGCGAUGGACCCUCCUCUCCUCCUACGCAUGACCACAUACACACAUGUUGCGCGCCCCCCUGCCUCCCUUGAGCUCUUGCCUGCACGAAUGAAGCCCGAAAUACCCUGUA